AUGAAUGGUCGCUCUGGUGUCACUGUUGCAGCCUUGCCAAAUGAUAAAUUAAUUGAGUUGGCUUCGAAUAAUGUUAAAAGUUGGUUGGAUUAUAAAAAUAGAGGUCGUGAUUUUGGUUUAAAAUUUGGGGAACAGAUUCGAUUCUCAUCUGGUGACAUUCAAAGCGAUUGGUCAAAAGAGACUCCGUUUGAUGCCAUUUUUGUUCAUACAACGGAAAAAAGUGUAGUGGAUAAAAUGAAAAAGCUGCUGAAACCCGGUGGCCGUAUGAUCUGUCUCGAAAAACGUGCUGGCGGUCAACAAGUAUUAUAUCGAAUCGAUUGUGUACAGCCAGGUUUCUAUCGACAAUGGACUGCGAUUGCUAUAGAAGAUGUUUCAUUUGCUGAAGGACAGCAACUAAAGGAACCUAUCUUGCUAACACCAGGGAAGCCUACAGUAGAAACUAUUGAUGAACCUGCAAAAGAAACUAUUAGUGUACCUCCAAAAGAGACCAUUAGUGUACCUAGAGAGGAGACUAUUACUGUACCUAAAGAAGAAACUAUUCCUGAAACUUCAAAAGACCAAGUUGAUGUACCUCCGGAAGCUACUCUUGAUGCGUAUAAAGAAGAAAGCAUUGAUGAAUAUUAUACUGAGGAGGCCUCUUUUGAAUAUGGGUGA